UCUCCUCCUCAAAUCUUCCCUUUCACACAAUUUUCAUACAACACUCACACGACCUUUUAACAUUAUAAAGACCCUGGAAAUUCAUAUCCCAGCACCCAAAACAUCAAAAUGUCAGACCAAAUACCUUUCCAUAUACAGGAGGACAUCAUCAAAAGACUUCCUGUAAAACCAUUGAUUCAGUUUAGAUCUGUCUCAAAAGCAUGGAAAUCUUUGAUUGACAGCUCUGAGUUUAUUGCAGCUCACAGUGCCCUCCACACUCAUCCACAACAUCUGCUUGUAAAAUACGAAGAUUUGGUAGAAACUGAAGAUAAAUAUGUUUCUUUUAUAGAUGAUGAGAGUUUGCUUCAACAGAGGUUUGUUCCCUUUGUUCCAUUGUCGGUUAAGUCACUUAAAGAGUCAAUAAUAGUCGGUAGUGAUCAUGGAUUAUUGUGCUUGUAUGGUUUUCAUUGGGGCCCAGGGAAUUCUCAUAGAAACCUUAAUUAUUCCUCGACUGUUCUUUGGAACCCUUCGGUUAGGAAAUCGAUUGUUGUUGAUAUGCCUUAUAUAUUGUGUUCAGGCGAAGAAACAAGGGUUGGUUUUGGGGUUUGUCCUAUCACUAAUGACCCCAAGAUUGUAGAGAUUACAGAACUUCGUUUUUGGGUUGAUAAGGAAAGUGAAAUUAGCAAACCAUGGAAAGUAAAGGUCUAUACGUUGAGCUCAGGAAAAUGGAGAAAUGUAUCUAGCAAUCUGCCAAAUAGAUCAAUUCGAGUUAGAUGGUCGCAGGUAGUUAUUGACAGGUUUAUCUAUUGGCGUGCUUUCCAAAAGUCGACUAUACAUACUCGUAAUCUAAUCAUAUCAUUUGACAUUACUGAUGAGAAUUUUAGAGUGGUUGACCUCCCUGAUAGUUUAGCUGAGCACUCUCAAACAGAGUUAUCGGUUUGUAAGCUAAGGGAGAGUCUUGCCAUGCUUCAAUAUCGUACAGACAUAGGUAAACAUGUUUGUGUUGUUUGGAUGAUGGAGCAUGGUGUUCAAAGAUCGUUUACAAAACUCUUCAGCAUUAGUGCCCCACAUGGGUCGAUGACAAUAUUGGGAUUUAGGAAGAGUGGCCAACCCAUAAUUGAAGUGAAAGAUGAUCUUUCUGAAUUGAGUGACCUUGCUGUAUAUGAGCCCAAUUCGGAAGUGCAGAUCAAUGAUCUUGAAAUUUGCGGAAGAAACAAUUUGUUCUCUGUGAAUUCUUACAUGGAAACAUUACUUUUGCUGGUUUAGUCAAAUUGCGGUAGUUUUUGACCUAAAUCAAGGAUUAGGAUAAUGAACGCAUUGCAAUGUCAUGACUGUUGGAGCAGGCAAUUGAGGAUGAUGAUAUCGGCAAAAUAUUGAAGUGGAUAAAAAGUUAAUGCAACGCAUUACAUUGGUGUUCUGUGCGAUAAAUGUCUCUGACAUUAAUGAUGAUAGAUCUCACAUUUUUGUGAGCAUUAUGCACACUUAUGUUGUUUAGAGUGGAUUAUGAAUGUUUUGUUAACGAAACUGAUUCAAGCUUUUCCCACUGAAAGGAAUUUACCCCAACCUACAACUCCUUAAUAUUAAAAACAUUAUCGUUAAUAUU